GAACCGGUAUGAGCAUUCAGUUCUGGCUGCUGCCCUGAGCUGCACCCUCACCACGAUGCAGCACAUUCAAGAAGACCUGGUUGUAUCUGGGGAAGAAGACGAUGCCUUUGAGGAAGGAAUAUCCUCCAGGCUUCCAGAAAUCAUGUCAAUAGGAUCACAUUCAUUCUCUCCAGGAGGUCCUAAUGGGAUUAUCAGGAGCCAGUCCUUUGCUGGCUUCAGCGGUCUGCAAGAGAGACGCUCUAGGUGUAACUCUUUUAUUGAAAAUACCUCGGCGCUCAAGAAGCCCCAAGCAAAAGUGAAGAAAAUGCAUAAUUUGGGCCACAAGAACAGCACCACCCCCAAGGAACCUCAGCCCAAAAGAGUGGAAGAGGUCUACAGAGCCUUGAAGAAUGGCCUGGACGAGUAUCUGGAAGUGCACCAGACAGAGCUGGACAAGCUGACUGCUCAGUUAAAAGACAUGAGAAGAAACUCACGCCUGGGAGUCCUGUAUGAUUUAGAUAAGCAAAUCAAAGCAGUCGAGCGAUACAUGAGGAGGCUGGAGUUCCAUAUCAGCAAGGUGGAUGAGCUUUACGAGGCCUACUGUAUCCAGCGACGCCUCUGUGAUGGUGCCAGCAAAAUGAAGCAGGCCUUUGCAAUGUCUCCUGCCAGCAAAGCAGCUCGAGAGAGUUUAACUGAAAUCAACAGGAGUUACAAGGAAUACACGGAAAACAUGUGUACCAUAGAAGCAGAGCUGGAAAACCUGCUGGGGGAGUUUUGUAUCAAGAUGAAAGGUCUGGCUGGCUUUGCUCGGCUCUGCCCUGGGGAUCAGUAUGAGAUUUUCAUGCGUUACGGUCGCCAGCGAUGGAAACUAAAAGGCAAAAUAGAAGUGAAUGGCAAGCAAAGCUGGGAUGGAGAAGAAAUGGUCUUCCUCCCUCUCAUUGUUGGGCUAAUCUCCAUAAAGGUGACAGAAGUGAAGGGACUUGCUACUCACAUCCUUGUAGGAAGUGUUACCUGUGAAACAAAAGACUUGUUUGCAGCUCGGCCCCAGGUGGUUGCAGUAGACAUUAAUGACCUUGGCACAAUCAAGCUGAACCUUGAAAUCACCUGGUACCCCUUCGAUGUGGAAGACCUGACCCCCUCCACGGGAAACGUGAGCAAGGCCUCUGCUCUCCAGAGGAGAAUGUCCAUGUACAGCCAAGGCACUCCAGAAACGCCAACCUUCAAGGACCACUCGUUCUUUAGAUGGCUGCAUCCCCUGCAAGACAGGCCAAGGUUGGCAAUCUUAGAUGCUCUGCAAGACACUUUCUUUGACAAGCUUCGGCGCAGUCGCUCUUUUAGUGAUCUGCCAUCGCUCAGGCUAAGCCCCAAAGCAGGGCUAGAGCUAUAUUCAAACUUGCCAGAUGAUGUCUUUGAAAAUGGAACAGCAACCACUGAGAAGCGGCCUCUUUCCUUCACUUUUGGCGACCUGCCUUACGAAGACCAUGUGCCCCCUGCCAACUCAGCAGAGCCCUCCUCUGCUCACGUCACCUCCAGCCCCGAUAUCGCCACCACUGCUACCCAGCACCGAGCUCUCAAGUCAUCCGAGAGCUCGAGCCCAGACUGCAGCAGCAGUGACUCCUGCAGAGACUCCAUCCCUGAGCCCAAGGACCUGCCAUCCCCAAGAGAGGCAGCAGCCAUCAGGAACAAGGCCACCCCCAGGGCACAUGCUGAAGUUUGCCAAAAGCCCUCCGAUACUGGGAGCGAUCGUGUCUUCAUAGAGGCGAACGUCCCGGUUUCACUCCUGCAGGACACAGAUGAAGGUUCUGAGCUAAAGCCGGUGGAGCUGGACACCUAUGAGGGCAACAUCACCAAGCAGCUGGUAAAAAGGCUGACGUCUGCCGAGGUGCCUGGGACCCCAGAGAGGCUGCCAUGUGAGGGGUCCAUCAGUGGGGAAUCAGAAGGCUACAAGUCUUAUCUUGAUGGAAGUAUUGAAGAAGCCUUGCAAGGGCUUCUCUUAGCUCUUGAGCCUCAUAAAGAGCAAUACAAAGAGUUUCAGGACCUGGACCAGGAAGUGAUGCAUCUGGAUGACAUCCUAAAAUGCAAGCCAGCAGUAAGCCGAAGCAGGUCCUCCAGUUUAAGUCUAACAGUUGAAAGUGCUUUAGAAAGCUUUGAUUUCCUGAACACCUCUGACUUUGAUGAUGAGGAUGGUGGUGGUGAGGAGGUUUGUAAUGGUGGAGGAGGUGCAGACUCGGUAUUUUCAGAUACUGAGGUUGAGAAGAAUAGUUACAGGACUGAGCACCCCGAAGCCAGGGGCCACCUCAGCGAAGCCCUGACUGAGGACACGGGGGUCGGCACCAGCGUUGCUGGCAGCCCUCUGCCCCUGACCACAGGAAGCGACAGCCUCGAUAUAACCAUAGUUAAGCACUUGCAGUACUGCACACAGCUCAUCCAGCAAAUUGUCUUCUCUGGUAAAACACCAUUUGUGACAAGAGACCUCCUUGAUAAGCUGUCCAGGCAGACCCUUGUAAUGGAGAAUAUUGCAGAAAUCAGCACUGAGAACUUGGGAAGCAUCACCUCCCUUACAGAUGCAAUCCCAGAGUUCCACAAGAAGCUGUCACUGCUGGCUUUCUGGAUGAAGUGCACUGGUCCUUCGGGAGUCUAUCACACGUCUGCAGACAAGAUGAUGAAGCAGCUGGAUAUCAAUUUUGCUGCCACUGUGAAUGAGGAAUGUCCAGGGCUUGCAGAAACAGUGUUCCGAAUCCUGGUAUCUCAGAUUCUGGACCGGACCGAGCCCGUCCUCUACUCCACCAUGUCCUCAGAGAUCAUUACAGUCUUUCAGUACUACAACUAUUUUGCCAGCCAUAGUGUUAAUGACCUUGGGAGCUAUUUGCUGCAGCUUGCAAAAGAAGCCUCUGUGGUUCAGAUGUUGCAGUCUGUGAAAGAUGGAAAACUGCAACAAAACGUGUCCAAAAUAAACUCCAACAACCUCCCACCACAGCAAGAAGUUUUGAGAGCUUUGGCUUUACUUCUCAAUGAAAAUAAAAACGAAGUCAGUGAGACUGUAGCAUCGCUCCUGACAGCUACUGCAGAAAACAAGCACUUCAGGGAGAAGGCCUUGAUUUAUUACUGUGAAGCGUUAACCCAGCCCAACCUCCAGCUGCAGAAAGCAGCCUGCCUGGCUUUAAGAUACCUCAAGGCUACUGAGAGCAUUAAAAUGCUGGUCAUGCUUUGCCAGUCUGACAGUGAAGAGAUUAGAAAAGUAGCCUCUGAAACCCUGCUCUCACUUGGUGAAGAUGGGAGACUGGCCUAUGAACAGCUGGACAAAUUCCCCCGGGAAUUUGUAAGAGUUGGAAGUCGCCGGGGAACUGAAUCUGCCACAGCUUUCUAGAAGAACCUGCCUAAGCGUAACAGCCACAGAAGAAGGAUGGAGCUGCCAUUAAGUGUGGGAAGGAGAAUGAAGACUUGGAAGGAGUGUCCCAAAAUGUAGCAAUUCACCAACAUUUUAAGGAAAAGCGAAAUCUAAACACAGCUAAAUUGUUGCUGUUGGCUCCUCUCUGCAGCACAUGAUGGAACAGGCGGAUGUUGAGGAACAGUGCUUUCUUGGUUGAUUUGAAAUAAUGCAAUUGGAGUUACUCAGUCUCGGCAAAUUUCUGUGAGUUUUUAGAAUCUUGGUAUAUUUUGCUGAGCAUUAAUUACGUUUACUUCCUUGAAGUGGUCAUGAAAACUUCACACACGUGAUGUGUAUCUGAAAUGGAUGAGUAGGAGGCCACUCGAGCAGAACCACAAAGCAGCUUGCUCUCCAGCGCCGAAUCAAGCGCCUGCUGCCUUGCAGUGCUUCCAGAACCACUCCAGCUGCCCAGAACACCGCCGUGCUGUCUCUGUAAUGAAAUACAAAGCGAGUUUCUUCAAGUUUUGCCUCCAGAAGCAGCACGAUGCAAGCCCCGGGAGGUGUCACUUCAGUGACUCAUUCUGAAUGCCUCUACUGGUCUUUUAUUUCCUUGCUCUCACCCUCCAGCAAAGAACCAUCAUUAAUCCAGAGAUUUGUGAGGGGGAAUCAAAUAACCACAUAGGUUUUAAAAAACUAAAUGAAAAGGUAAAGUGCAUUUAUUUAUUCCAAGGAGUAGCAAUGAAUACAGCUAAUUGCACGAGUCCCCAAAGCCAUUCUGUCCUGCAAGUUGCAAGCAGGAUUGGAUUUCAUAUACUGUAAUUAGCAGAGGAUAGCUUCCAUAGAAUGACUUCAAUAAAGAACUGAAACAAACUAAAGCAAACCUCAGAGGCAGUAAUAAACAGUGUGAAGUGAAUGCGUUUGCUCCCCCACUGCAAGAAUGAAAGACAGUGCUUCAAGCUGUUGAUUAUGAGCCUGAAGAGAGGAGGUGAACAGAAUUUAACAGAAGAGUGUUCCUGUACUGUGUUCAUUAUGCAUGAAAUGAUAUUUAGAUGUCAGUUAUAGUAUCUAUAUUUGCAUAGACUACGUAGAAAAGAUUGCAAACAAUUCACAUCAAAAGGAAGCCUUGAGCGCCAAACACAUUGGCAGACAGAAGUUGUUCUGGUUUUUGUCUUUUUUUUUUUAUUGUGAAUGUUACAACGAUGUACAUAUCUGUAUAUUUAUAAAUAUAUAUAUUCUUCCUUUAAUUAAAAAGGUACAUUUUGUACAGUUCAAAAUGCUUACUUGUUUACUGAGGGACGUAGACUCUUUAUACAGGAGGUGAAAUAACCAUGUUCUGGUUUUUGUACCACACCUGUCCCAUCAGCUGAGUUCUUUCAAGGUGUUCUUUUGUACUGACCUCUGCUUUUUUUUUUCCUCCCCCCUUUAGUUUUGUGGCAUUUAUUUCCUAUCACAUUUAAGUUAUAAUAAAGAUUAUUUUUUAAGUACUAA